AUGCAGGCCAUCAAGUGUGUGGUGGUGGGAGAUGGAGCCGUGGGCAAGACCUGCCUGCUCAUCAGCUACACCACCAACGCCUUCCCUGGAGAGUACAUCCCCACCGUGUUUGACAACUAUUCAGCCAAUGUGAUGGUGGACAGCAAGCCCGUGAACCUGGGGCUGUGGGACACGGCCGGACAGGAAGAUUACGACCGCCUCCGGCCACUCUCCUACCCGCAGACGGAUGUCUUCCUCAUCUGCUUCUCCCUUGUCAGCCCAGCCUCCUAUGAGAACGUCCGGGCCAAGUGGUUCCCCGAGGUGCGGCAUCACUGUCCGAGCACACCCAUCAUCCUGGUGGGCACCAAGCUGGACCUGAGGGACGACAAGGACACCAUCGAGAAGCUGAAGGAGAAGAAGCUGGCGCCCAUCACCUACCCACAGGGCCUGGCACUGGCCAAGGAAAUUGACUCAGUGAAAUACUUGGAGUGCUCGGCCCUCACCCAGCGAGGCCUGAAAACUGUCUUUGAUGAGGCGAUCCGGGCCGUCCUGUGCCCGCAGCCCACACGGCCACAGAAGCGCCCCUGCAGCAUCCUCUAG